UUUUUGGUAGACUUGGUGGCAAUUGUCGAAAGAAUGGCUACAGUAAAGCAUAAAAUACUGGUAUUGUCUGGCAAGGGUGGUGUUGGCAAGAGUACAUUCUCAGCUCAACUCUCUUUUGCCCUGGCAGCUAUGGAUUUCCAAGUGGGUCUCCUCGAUAUUGAUAUUUGUGGUCCAAGCAUCCCGAAGAUGCUUGGUCUUGAAGGACAAGAGAUUCACCAGAGUAACCUUGGAUGGUCACCUGUUUAUGUGGAAUCAAACCUUGGGGUCAUGUCAAUUGGAUUCAUGUUGCCUGAUCCUGAUGAGGCUGUCAUAUGGAGGGGUCCCCGAAAGAAUGGAAUCAUUAAGCAAUUCUUGAAGGAUGUCUAUUGGGGGGAGCUUGAUUUUCUAGUGGUUGACGCACCGCCGGGGACAUCUGAUGAGCAUAUCUCGAUCGUCCAGUUCCUCCAAGCAACUGGAAUAGACGGUGCCAUUAUAGUUACCACCCCACAACAGGUGUCUCUCAUAGAUGUGAGGAAAGAAGUGAAUUUCUGCAAAAAGGUCGGGCUACAGGUCCUUGGAGUUGUCGAGAACAUGAGUGGUCUAUGCCAGCCAUUGUCAGAGUUCAGAUUCAUGCACUUGACGGAGACGGGUGAACAGAAAGACAGGACAGAGUGGGUUAUUGCAUAUAUGAGAGAGAGAGCACCAGAAAUGCUAAAUUUGGUUGCAUUCAGUGAAGUGUUCGAUAGUAGUGCUGGUGGUGGUGCCAAAAUGUGUAGAGAUAUGGGCGUUCCUUUUCUCGGGAAGGUCCCAUUAGAUCCUCAGUUGUGUAAAGUAGCCGAAGAAGGAAGAUCUUGCUUUGGUGAUAGCAAAUGCAGUGCAAGUGCUCCUGCACUAAAGAUGAUCGUUGAAAAACUGUUGUCACAUCUGCGGGUAUCAAGAACAGAGGAUGGUGCCUAAGUGUA